AUGGACGGCAUUGUGGGCACGGCGCCGCCAGGCACCAUGUACGUGCGGGCAUUGUACGACUACGAGGCCGACGACAGAACUAGUUUGAGUUUCCACGAGGGCGACAUUAUCCAGGUCAUCACACAGCUCGAGAGUGGUUGGUGGGAUGGCGUUAUCAAUGGGGUUCGCGGCUGGUUCCCCAGCAAUUACUGCCAGAUCAUUUCCAGCCCAGACGACUUGCCCGAACACGGCCACAACGGCCACAACGGCCACAUAGACCACAUUGAUGACGAAAUGGACGAGCCUGAAGCGUAUGAUGAGAGCUUUGAUCACGAUGAUGAUUCUGAAGCAGAUGACCCUAGUGGUUUACCCCUCGAGGGCACCGACGCUGGUGACAAAUCGAGAGCCGACUUUUGGAUCCCUCAGGCCACCCCCGACGGACGGCUCUUCUAUUACAACAUGAUGACUGGCGACAGGAGCAUGGAGCUGCCUCUUGAAUCGCCCAUAUCUUCAGCGGAAACGGGCCCGAGAGACCGCGCACAUGUUAGCAUACCAGACAAGACAAGGCCUCCGCCGGAGAUGAUGGCCCGAGGCCUAAUCCAGGAUGAAGAUGACGACUCAGCGACUUCUGCCUCUGAAGCCGAAGGCGAGUCCCUCAUGUUCGCCUCUCGAGGCUAUGUGGGGCGCAAUCGAGCUUCGAUGGCCGGGGUCUUGUCGCCUUCCACCUCCAUGGACUCAAUAAACGGCGCGUCUCCUAAUCGUAGGAAAAGAAACGAUGGACUUUCAAACGGCAAAGCAGGUAGUGCUCAACCUCCCAACAUGGCCUCGGCCACUUCAUUCACAAGCACAACAUAUAAUCUGCCAACUACCGCGACUGUUCCGCGUUCUUUUUUCGAUGACGGCUCAACACCUCCUUUGACGUGGAGUCUAUUGGUGUCCAAUAUGAAACGCGCAAUAGAUCGGUAUCGUGAGGCUAUAACGAAGAAUAGCCGAUCAGAGUAUGUUGCCAGAGCUGAAGAUAUCUCCGAUCACUUGCGACUUCUUCUCGCGGCUGGCUCUGGCACGACUGACAAUCACUCUGGCCAACCGUCGAUCAUCUCGACCAAUAAAGCACUAUAUCCUCAUUUUCGAGACAUGAUGUCAAAGUUCUCGAAGCUUGUAAUAUCUUCACACAUUGCUGCCGCUGACUGGCCAAACGCGGAAUCUGUACAAAAAUGCUUACAAGAAGCAGACGGGGUUCUUCUUGGCGUCUUCAGCUAUGUUGAAGUGGCCCGUCAACAACGCGGGGAAGAAAUUCCACGGCUAUUUCCUGGGUUUGUGAUUGGUAGUACUGUUGGAGGUAGCUGGCAGAACAAUGGUUUAGGGCCAAGGGAUCCUAUAACGUCAAAUUUUCUUGAAGAUGAAGAAGGCUUGGUAGAGCCAUCUGCAAUUCUGGACAGCAAACUUCUCGAAAGAUUGGACGAACAGAAACGCAUUUUGGUUUCGAGCAUUCGAGAGCUAGACAAGAGCCUGAUAACUCCCGAAAAGAUCGUAUCGUCUCUUCGCCAUGAAGCCGUGGGUAACAAUGUGUGCUCUGCGGGUGGAAAGGUUGUCGAAACUUUCAAAAUGUGGAUCGCUAUGAUUGAGUCAAUCGACCUUUCUUCGCUUGGAAAUAGCUUCCAAACGCCUCAAUUAAGCGACUUUGGCACUAAUAAGCAAAGCUUGUAUGACAACAUUUCGGACUUAAUUCUUGGUUGCCAAGCUGUGGCAGGACCAUUGGCGGAUGAGUGGAGCGAAGUGCGUGGCGAAUCUCUGGAAAGUCGCCUGGAAUACGUGAGGCAAUGCGCAAGAGUUUUGGAAACGAACUCAUCACACAUUGGGUUUUCCUUACAACUUCUAUCCGAGCAAGUGCAAAUCAACACGCAGCAGCAGCAGCACCCACAGCAGCACGAGUCCCGCACACGAGAAGACUCAGUCUCGCGAGCAACAAUGCAAAGGAGUGAAACCUUGCCAUAUGAGAGGCCACACCAACGGUCAGAAUCAAGGUCCGCACCUGGCAGGCCACCGUUGGUAUCUGCACAAUCUUUCAGUGAUGGUGACUCCCAUGCUGGCAACUUCAGAAAAGGCGACUAUUCCAAAGUCAAAAAGAUAUUUGGAGAAGAUCCUUCACCGCAGGCUGGCCUGCAAGCUAGUGAUGAUGUUCCCGAAUUUUUACGACUUGAUCAUGAGAACGAUGUGUCAUGGGAUACUAAGACUGCUUCGCCUACGGUAAAGGGCGGCUCUCUUCUUGCACUAGUUGAGCAACUCACCCGCCACGACAAACUAGACUCGAGCUUCAACAACACGUUCCUUCUCACAUACCGGUCAUUCACCUCAGCGCGGGAGCUUUUUGAGCUGCUGGUUAAGCGAUUCGGUAUACAGCCGCCAGAUGGCCUUAACCAAUCUGAUUUCGAAGCCUGGCGCGACAGAAAGCAAAAACUCAUCCGAUUCCGUGUGGUGAAUAUCCUCAAGAGCUGGUUCGACAGCUUCUGGAUGGAAGAAUACAACGACGAAUCGAAACAAUUAAUCCGUGACGUUUAUACAUUUGCGAGAGACACAGUCAAAUCCACAGAGACUCCAGGCUCCGGCCCUCUGAUGGCCGUCCUUGAUCAAAGGUUGAGCGGAAAAGAAGCCGGUGCUCGUCGAAUGAUUCAAACGUUGAACCAAAGCACGCCAACACCUAUUGUUCCCAAGAACAUGAAGAAACUAAAGUUUUUGGAUAUUGACGUGACUGAAUUUGCUCGCCAGCUUACCAUUAUUGAGUCCAGAUUGUAUGGCAAGAUCAAGGCUGCAGAGUGCCUCAAUAAAACGUGGCAAAAGAAGGUCGCGGAAGGAGAACCUGACUUGGCGCCCAACGUCAAAGCCUUGAUUCUCCAUUCUAAUCAAAUGACCAACUGGGUUGCGGAGAUGAUUCUAGCCCAGAUGGAUGUUAAGAAGCGCGUUGUCGUGAUCAAGCACUUUGUUGCUGUUGCAGAUAAAUGCCGAAGUCUGAACAAUUUCUCCACAUUAACCUCUAUCAUUUCGGCUCUUGGGACUGCACCAAUUGCUCGAUUGAAGCGGACAUGGGAUCAAGUGCCUCAGCGAACUCAAGGAGUGCUUGAAGCGAUGCGCCGGAUCAUGGCAAGCACCAAAAACUUUGGCGAGUAUCGAGAAGCUCUUCACGCUGCUAACCCGCCGUGUAUUCCUUUUUUCGGUGUCUACCUUACCGACCUUACCUUCAUUGAAGACGGCAUUCCCUCCAUCAUUAAAAAGACCAACUUGAUCAACUUUGCAAAACGGGCAAAGACUGCAGAGGUGAUUCGUGACAUUCAGCAGUACCAAAAUGUUGGCUACUCAUUGCAACCAGUCCCCGAGUUGCAUGAUUAUAUUGUGAGCAACAUGCAAGCUGCUGGUGAUGUACAUGAAAUGUACGACAAGAGCUUGCACGUAGAACCAAGGGAGCGAGAAGAUGAAAAGAUUGUGAGGUAUGUAGCAUUGCGGGACAACGCAGCGUACUAUGGUGUAUGGCAUUGA